GGCAGCGCUCGGCUCGGCAGAGCUCAGCUCGGCCUGGCUCGGCUAGGCUUGGCAGAGCUCAGCUCAGCUCGGCUCGGCUCGGCUCAGCCCGGCUCGGCUUGGCAGAGCUCAGCUCGGCCCCGCUUGGCUCGGCUUGGGAGAACUCAGCUCAGCUCAGCUCAGCUUAGCUGGGCUCGGCCCGGCCCGGCGGGGCGGUGUCUGCUCCCGGGCUGCCCCGGGCUCUGCGCCCCGUGGGAGGUGCCGCCGCUCCCCCUCCCGCCCCGGCGCCCUUUGGACCCGGGGUGCGGUGCCCCCAGCCCCGCGGUGCAGCGGGAGCGAGAGCGGCGGCACCGGGCGGAGGAGCAGGCAUGGCCACCCCCCAGCUCACCGAGAGCACCGUAACGGUGGAAGGGCAAACCCUCUUCUACCGCCGAGCUGAGCCAGCCCAGCAGGCACCAAAGCUGACGGUACUGCUGCUGCACGGCAUUCGCUUCUCCUCCGACACCUGGCUUCAGCUGCAGACGCUUGCCACGCUGGCUGAAAACGGCUACCGAGCUGUGGCCAUCGACCUGCCGGGGCUGGGGCGCUCGAAGGAUGCCGUGGCCCCGGCGCCCGUGGGCCAGCCGGCACCAGGAACUUUCCUGAAAGCUGUUUCGGAGGCUCUGAGCCUCGGUCCAGCCGUGGUGAUCAGCCCAUCGCUCAGCGGGAUGUACUCCCUGCCCUUCCUCUUGCAGCACAACCACCUGGUCAAGGCGUACGUGCCCGUGGCACCCAUCUGCACCGAGAAAUUCACCCCGGAGCAGUAUGCCCAGAUCAAAACCCCCACGCUGAUCGUGUACGGGGACCAGGACGUGGAGCUGGGACAAGUCAGCCUGAACAACCUGCGGCACCUUCCCGAGCACCGGGUGCUGGUGCUACAGGGUGCCGGCCAUGCCUGCUACCUGGACAAGCCUGUGGAGUGGCACCGCGGGCUCCUGGCCUUCCUGCAGCAGCUGGACUGAGCAGGACAGGCUGCCCAGAGGGGUCCUGGUGCUGGGGGAUGUGGCCAGUGCACUCACCCCUCCAUCUGCACACACACCCUUGCACCAGCCCUGUGGUUUGCCUGCCAUCCCCACCCAGCCGGCACUGCCACCUCCCUUGGGACCAAAUAAAACUCCAGCCUCUGCCUCCACUUUC